AUGGGUAGACCCUUGGCUAUUGCGGUGGCCGAAACAUCUUAUCCUGCGGUGUUGGUGGCCGGACUGGCCGUUGGACUGGUAAAGGAUCUACACGUAAAAUACGGCAAAGUGAUUCGCAUUGCCCCGGACGAACUGUCGUUCGUCGAUGGCGACGCCUGGAACCCAUAUAUAUGGAACUCGUCCCGGCCAUGGCCAAAAAAGGAUGUCCGGUUAUUCCCACCCCACCGCAAAUGGUCCCCAGCAUCAUCCAAUCCGGCGUUGCGGAUCAUUCUCUCGGUGGGCGUCUGCUAUCGCAUGCAUUCUCCGAGCUCGCUCCGGGGCCAGAGGCCAAUCGUCAGAGGCUACAUCGAUCUUUUGAUUCAGCGUCUGCAUGAGAAUGCCAUGAUGAGAACAAGCCCGUCGACAUGGUGUCGUGGUACAACCACCACGUUCGACGUUAUCGAGGACCUAGCAUUUUGGGGAGCCGUUUGGUUUGUCUCGAAGAGUCGGAGAUACCAUCCAUGGGUGAAGUUUAUCGCGGGAACAUCAAAUUCGGUGCCUAUUCAACCUCAUGCGGCGGAUUCCAAUACUCAAAUUACCUAUUCAUCCCCAAAUCUAUCCUUCGGCAGAGAUACCAGCAUCUCAAUUGGCAAACAAAAGGUUCUGGGCCGGUUAAAAGCUCAAUGA